AUGAAUAGAACUGGAAAGUACAAUGCUGCGAAGGGAGUAGAACACCAUUAUAACGAAUAUAAAGAAUUUCAUCAACGUGAAAUUGAGGCCCACAUUUGUGCAUCAUUCAUGGAAAUGUCUGGAAUGAAUAACUUAUCAGGUAUGAAAUUUAUUAUUAACCCUUUUAAUGGCAGCGUGCCCUUAUGUUCCCUACCUUAUUAUUUUACUCUGACAUGGGAAAUUAUAUAAAUUUUAUUAACUCUAAGCUCAUUUUUAACAUUAUAAAUAAAUAUUAAUCCAGCCACUAAUUGGGAUUGCACCCCUAAUAGUAUUUACUAUCAAUGUCAAACAUCAAACAUUGUCAUUUGACAAGGAUUAAAUUGCUGCUUAAUGGGUUAAUAAUUUUAAAUGCCAUAAUUUAAAGAAGUCACAGGUAACAACCCAAUUAUAACACUAUUAAUGUCUAUUGUCUUCAUCAGGAGCGAUCAUAUCCUACUGUAACAUAUUUAGUGUAUUAACAUGUACAAACUAAAGUACAAUUAUAUUCUGUUGUAGUUGGCUUACUAUUAUAAUUUAUUUACCAUAGAUGCGCCCAAUUAUGAUAUUCCUAAUACAGAUGUCCCAAGAGAAGACAGAAGGAAAUGGUUUUUGGAGCUGUGUGUUCAAUAUGUCAACAAAUUUCUUAUAAAUUUUGAAGUUGAGCCUUUUCUGCAAGCUUCAACUGAUACAUUCCCUUGCCGAAUUGAAGGAUGUACUAAGAUGUAUGCCCACCAUUCUAUGUGUGUCAAGUGUGUAUAUUCAAUCCUGUACUGUGGUUAUUGAUUAUAUUUUCCAUUUCCCUAAUAGAUCACCCCUAUUAGUUCCCAACCACUUCUUUUAUAGUAUUACUCUUUUUAACAACAGAUGAUUUUACUCGUCAAGGGAUAAACUCUAGGACUCAAAUGGUUAUAACUAUACCUAAUUUGUAUGUUGACAUCACAGCCAUAAGUUAACAAAUUCCAAUUCGAGUCAAGAUAUUUUAAUAUUUUAAAUAUAUUUUUAGACAUGAAGUCACAAGUCAUGGACGUGUGUUUGAAAAAUUUGAAUUAAGUGAGAGAGAUUCCUUAGGUUUCUAUCAUUGUAGAUUCCAUUGUGGACUUGUUUUUUCAACAACAGGUACUAAAUGUCAUAAUUUAACAGAAAAUACUCUGUACCCAAAAUUUGACUGAACACCUUAGAGAAUAAACUUGUCGAGCAAUCCAGCAUUAUAUAUUCAGAACAAAAUGCUAACCAUAUUCAGCUUCCAUUAUAAUUGAGUUAAGCAAGGGCUAACCCAUUAAGUUAUAAAUAGUAGUAGGAAUGAAUUUUUAGAAUUGCACCAUUGCCCUUAUUGAGUUAAAUAAAUCACUGUCUGGUGCGAUUUCAAUGUAAAAUAUUCCAUUAGUAUCUGUUAGUAAAACUUUGAUGUUAUUUUAAACAUGAAAGUUCAAAGCACCCAGAAUCACAGUUGUCUCAACAGCAGGGAAGUCAACAGAGUGACACAGAAAACCAAACACCUGAUGAAGACUACCUGUUCAACUAUCAUAGUUCCAAGCUUUCAUUUGGCCUCAUUCUUAUGGAAUUCAAUGAUGCAAUAAAAGAAGGAGAUGGUGAACGGUUGCAUGACUUGUAUAAAUUUGCCCUAGUACUGUUCAAAGCCCAUGGAAAGGUCAAGUACUCUUAUGCAAUUCUAAUGUAUUUAGUGCAAAUUGAGAGUUUUCUGUCUGAAGCAGAUGCACACAAUCUCAAGUGGAAUCGCUUCUAUAAUAAUCAUGGAAGAGUUGGUGGAAACAUACCACUUGAUCUAAGGAUGGAACAAUUGAACAAAAUUGUCAAAACCAUGUGGAGAUCACUUGGAGCAAAUCUGAAUGAAAAGUCUGCCACACAGCUGGCCAAUACCAUAGAACCUAUGGAGCAAAUUUUGAAUACUAUUGACAGGGAGUGCGAAAUAACUGACAGUGCUGGAUAUCUAUCAAAAGGGAAGCCAGAAACAGAUGUUGAAAUCAUUAGUAAGGACUUGUUGAAGAUAAAUGCAUUUAAGUGUGAAGCUGGGAGGAAAGGACACCCAUCAUAUCCUAGCAUUUCUUCAAAUUUGUUGAAAGGCCUUGACUACAGGGAUUUACAUACCUGGAUGAAAGGGCUUACUGUAUUUUGCGAAACGAAACGAAACUUUGCGAAACGAAACUUUGCGAAACUGUAUUUUGCGAAACUGUAUUUUGCGAAACUGUAUUUUGCGAAACUGCAUUUUGCGAAACUGCAUUUUGCGAAACUGUAUUUUGCGAUUGUCGGCAACUGUCGUCGAGCCAUUGGCGGUUCGGUAAUUUUCAUGUUCGACUUUUCCAAGCCAGAAAAUAGUGUCAGUUGUGGUUCUCGUUCGUUCUCAUUUGAUCCACGAGAUUUGUACAAAGGUAAGAGUUGCACUUUUAAAGUCUUUUAUUUAGUAUUUGUAAUGUUCCCUUCCUGCUUUUGCGAAGAAAACGUUGGACAAAAUUUUGCUUUAAUCCUUUGCCUACUGACAUUAACAUAUAAUUUGUUAUGUAAAUAUAUGACGUGUAAAGUUCAACAUGUGCCAUGUGGUAGGGCGGAAAACAACUAUUUCUGCAAAAUGUCUCCGUGUAAUGAGGCUGCAUAAAGUGUAUAUUAUGUUACUUAAAUAUAAAGUUAAACUCCAGGUUUCAAUACCAAUCUGAAUAUGGAAUAAAUAAGCUAAAUAUUAAAACACAGAGGAGUAUUUCAGUGAGAACGUUCUUCUAUAGUUUUGGGGGUUUGUGUGCACUGCAUAGAAAAAUGUAUGAAUUUUAUUAUUGAUGGUAUAAAUUCUUUCACUGAUUAGUGAUUUUAAAGAAGGACUUAACUUAA